AUUUUCUUUUUUUUUUUUACGGGUUUCCGGUGUGCUAUUCAACAUACAGAAGGAAGAAGAGCACGUUACAAAAAUUAAAUCUUCGGCUUUAGGAGAAAUAUUUGACUUUGAAUCUAAUUUAUUUACAAUUUAUUAGGCGAGCGUAUUGGAACAAAGCGCACAAAUGUCUGAGGAGCUGGUGAAACAGUUGAGCAGCUACAAGGCACAGCUACAGCAAGUAGAAGUUGCCUUAUCAACUGACCCAGAUAAUGAAGACCUCCUAAAACUUCAGAAGGACUUGCAGGAAGUCAUCGAUCUGACUAAAGAUCUCCUGACUUCACAGCCCGCUGAUGGGGCUUCCAGCACCAGUGGUUCAGAAUCAGUUCCUGUGAAGCUGAGCUGGAAAGUGGGUGACAGAUGUAUGGCUGCGUGGAGUCAGGAUAGCCAGGUUUAUGAAGCUGAGAUUGAGGAGAUAGACCGAGAGAAUGGCACUGCUGCCAUUACGUUCAUUGAAUACGGGAACGCUGAAGUGAUUCCUCUGCAGAACCUCAAAGCAGUGGAGGAAGGGAAACGAUCAGAGGAGGAUGGUGCAAAAUCCAAGUCAAGAAAAGAGCAAAUAGCAGAGCAGCGAGAGUAUAAGAAGAAGAAAGCCCAGAAAAAGGUCCAGAGGAUGAAGGAGUUGGAGCAAGAGAGGGAGGAGCAAAAGUCAAAGUGGCAACAGUUCAAUAACAAAGCUUACUCAAAGAACAAGAAAGGACAAGUAAAGAGGAGCAUAUUUGCCUCCCCAGAAAGCGUAAAUGGAAAGGUUGGAGUGGGAACGUGCGGUAUUGCAGACAAACCUAUGACCCAGUACAACGACACGUCCAAGUACAAUGUCAGACAUCUAAUGCCACAGUGAUCUAAUAUAUUCUGUAUAUAAUAAUCCACUGUAUACUAGCCGUAAUAGUGCUUUCUGUUGUGUUUCUACAUGAUUAAAGUCCCUCAAGUUAUGAAAGCUUUUAAAGGAACUGGUUGGACAUCAGUGUUUAAAAUAUUGCUGUAGUUUCCUUGUAUAUUAUAUAGGCUCAACUAAAACGAUUGACACGAGUGAUUUCUCCAUCACUGGAACGAGGUCUCCUGUUGUCUGAGAACAUGUUCUGGAAAAACUGCAGUUUGAGGUUUGUACUUAUUUUUGGAUGAAGCAAAAUCUCUUCUAAGACGUGUAUUAACUUUUGAUUUGGAGUGUACAUUCAAUGCUGGAUUGUUAAAUUCUCAUCAAGAAUAGAAAGAGGUUCUGAUUAUUAAUUAUGUUGAGGAUUUGGAAUGACUAACUUGACAUUUUAAUUUCUGUAUAUAUAUAUAUAAAACAGUGAAAUAAA